CAGUAUCGUACGUAUUCUGAAGUUUCAUUGCUGCAACAAAACAAAAUAAAAUCACAUUAUUUACCUACAACAAUAUUACAUUAUUAGUGAUCGAAAUAAAACUAUAUUCUUAAGCUCACAUGGAUCAUGACUACUUCUGGAAGUACAUUCAACAAGAUUUUGGAGAGGUGCAGAUACAUCUGCAGAAUAUACUCAAAGUACAAAAUCUUUGCAAUCAAUCAAUAACAUAUUUAACACGAGAAGCGAUCCUAAUGAUUCAGAAAGACAUGCGAGCUAUGGCAGAUCAUUUCAUCGCGACUUGCAGGCAGCCCACGGGAAUGAAGACGCCGACACUUCGUGACAUAUAUGGCAGCCGGUGGGAAAAUAACCCCAAGGAGUUCACGUUCAUGGAAGGAGAGAUACUGUGUCUGCUUGGACUAGCGGCAUGUGUGCAGCAGAGAGGAAUCGAAUCGUUUUUGAAAUUCGCUAAAAAUCAAAGUCACAGCAUUACUCAUCACAAUGGACAUACUGCGCCGGCCAAACUACCGGUAUUAAAGUUGCCAAAGCCGAGAGCUAUUAUUGCGGAUGAUUCCGGCACAGAAAACUACGCUGUGAAAUUGAUCAACAAAAUCAAAAGCUUCUAUAUGGUUCUACAAAUUGCGGAUCCCGAAUUUGACGAAUUUGUGAAGGUACUGGAUAAUCUGGAGGUACAGUCGAUGUCGAUGUCGGACAAUGAGGUACGGGCUACCAUUGCGUGUCCCGUAUGCACCGCUGAAGGCAACGAUCGGAAAAUCACCUUCAAGAUGGAUGUUAACGGCCGGUGGCACGUAUGGAGUUUCACGCGGCACUGUGACAAGUUUCACUAUGCGAUACCGAGGGGAGUGAAGCGAAAACAAUGCCUGGAAACGGAAGACAUAGACGAUGUGAUGAUGGAUGAGAGCGUUUCGGAUUCGCUGAAUCUGGGGAUCGACGGCCAAGGAGAAGAUGGAGGCUCAGCAAAUGAAUGUUCCAGUUAAGAAUAUAAAAAUAGUUUGAACCAUGUAAGAAUAAAGACUUGAAUACAUUUAUACCACUUUAAGUUUAAAUAAAUUA